CUCAACUGGUAACUGAAGACAAUGUAAAUCUUCAACCGCAUCUAAAGUCGUCUCAAGUCUCUCUACCUCGCUAACAUCAAAACCCUUGCUCGUUCAACCCCCGGCCCAAACCACACACCAACAACAAUGGCGAUCUAUGCAAGAUCAACAACAACCCACCUCUUUCUCUUCAUCACUCUUCUCUCUCUCACCAUACCCGUCAAACCCUUUUCUUCCUCAGACCCAGAAUCGAUCCUCUCAGAACUCCUAACCCGCCAAUCCCAAUCCCAAUCUGGCGUCAUCCACCUCACAGAUCACCUCCUCCCUCACAUCCUCUCUCCUAAAACACCAAGAUCCUUCUCUCUCAUCAUCUUCUUUGAUGCCCAACAACUCCACUCCAAAACCGAUCUCCAUCUCCCUUCACUUAAAUCCGAAUUCUCUCUCGUCGCUUCCUCCUUCAUCACCAACAACAAAGACAACCCAGAUCACAAAAAGUUGUUCUUUUGCGAUGUCGAAUUCAAAGAGUCCCAAAACACCUUUGCCCAAUUCGGUGUCAAUGCCCUCCCUCACAUCCGUCUUAUUCCCCCCACUGCCCAGAACCUCAAACAAGAUUCGAUCCAAAUGGACGCCGGAGACUUUUCACGUCUCGCCGAAUCCAUGGCUGAAUUUGUAGAAUCCAAAACCAAGCUUGUUUUAGGUCCAAUUCAUCGACCACCCCUUAUUUCUACUGCCCAGCUGAUGUUUAUCGUAGCUGCCAUUGUGACUUCGUUGCCGUUUUUUGCGAAAAAAGUGAUAGCUGGUGAGACCCUUUUGCAUGAUUGGAAAUUGUGGCUGUCUGGGGCAGUGUUUGUGUAUUUUUUCAGUGUUGCUGGGACUAUGCAUAACAUAAUUAGGAAAAUGCCGAUGUUUAUGGCGGAUAGAAAUGAUCCGUCAAAGUUGAUUUUCUUUUAUCAGGGGUCUGGGAUGCAAUUGGGAGCCGAGGGGCUUGCGGUGGGGUCUUUGUACACCAUUGUGGGGUUGAUGUUGGCUGUUAUGACACACGGACUGGUUGGAGUGAGGAAUAGGACUGUGCAGAGGGUGAUGAUGAUUGUGGCGUUGUUGGUUUCGUUUUGGGCUGUCAGGAAGGUUGUUGUCUUGGAUAAUUGGAAGACUGGGUAUGGCAUUCAUGCUUAUUGGCCUUCGAGUUGGUAGUGUGUAGAACAAAUUCGGGAAGUCUCCGGUUGUUGGCAAGAGAUUUUGAACUAUUCACUAUAUCGAUACAAAAUAGGCCAGACCUUAAUUUUCUGCUUGUUGGUACUUGGGUGGAUGCUUAGUAUUUGCUCAAAACAUUUGUGUACUAGUUAAAUUUCAGCUUCUGAUUCUAUGCAAUGCCUAAACUACAGCAUCAUUAUUGAUGUCUUGCUACAUUUACCAAGUUCUAACUGCUGUAACAAACAAUUUAAUGCUGUUGGAUUGUUAUUUGUUGUGAUAGUUACACACACAAUGUUGGCCUUCCAUUUGAAAGCUUCUUGAAUCCUUUAAGUUUUGUUGAAGUUAUGUAGUUUAAAUGAGUAGUGGAUAAAAAGUACAAAUGUUAUAUAGAAUUAUCUGACACUGCAAGUAGUGGCAUUUGCACAUUUUAUUGUGCUGUUUUUUUAA